AUGUUCUCGGGUUCUCGAGAUGGGACGAUCCGGGUCUGGUCGUCAGGGACCGGGGUCCAAGUCGCUCUCCUCCAGGGACACACCAACACAGUCCACGCUAUCGCAAUCUCUUUUGAUGGCCGUUUCAUCGCAAGCGCGUCGUCUGACUGUACCGUUCGCCUAUGGAGCGUACGUACUUAUGAAGCAGUCAGCCCACCCUUUGAGCACGCCGAUGAACUCUAUUGCGUCACAUUUUCUCCUGAUCGCAAGCGUGUCGCAUGUGGCGGGAAAGACACCAAGGUGUACCUGUGGGAUAUCGAGCCAUACACUAAACCAGAGGCUGGUAUCACCGAUACCUGUGAAGAAGCUCCGGAGUUGCCGUUGGCCCCCUCAGACGAAGAUAUUCUUAACGAACUCUUGAUACAGGAGGUUGCUGGCUUCCUUCCCCCGCUGGCGCUUCAGAAUGGAGUUCCACCCGACCUGAAUGUUCCUUCGGCAUUUAAUUGGCACAGCGAAGAGAUCAACGAUCCCCCUGAGGGUGCACCGAGGAAAUUAAUUCACCCCGUCGAGUCUUCCGAAAUCGUUCCUAGCCCGUCACCUCCCUCAUCCAAGCGUAGUUUCUUGGACAGGCUACCACUAUUUCGUCGUCGAAAUGAUAUCGGUAGUUUUUAG